AUGUACUGCGGGCAGAGGAACCCAAACAACGACGCAUACAUAAACCCGCAAGGAAACUACGACUGGUUGUACACACCCACGUACGGAGAUUGCCUAGAGCUUUGCUCACGUUUUGCGGGAGACGGCGAAGGCUGCUUCGGCGUUCACUGGACCGUAGAUGGAGGACAUUGUUGGUUAAGAAACAGCAAUGUUUCGACAUCGGACCUAAAACCAGACACUGGAUCGGUCUCUGCCCUCGUCAAUCGGAAUCAAAUGAAAGGCUUCGAUACUGCAUGUACGGACGAGGAUUACCAGAAACUUGCUGGUGUCGAUGGCAUCGCCUACACUACGAACUGCAAUCAGGUGUAUCAAGGCGAGAUACAAUGCUUCGACGAAGACGAGUAUCCCUGCCUUGAUCCGGCUCGUUACUUUUACCACGCCGAGUCGCUUGAAGAAUGCCUGGGCUUCUGCGUCGCCCUGCACCCCCGUUGUCGCAUAGUGUCCUGGAACCCAGGUCUCCAAGUCGGCUUCGCAAACUGCUGGCCCAGGUUCGGUAAUCAAAACCCAAAGCUGGGCCAACCCAGUUCACAGCAAGGCACCAUGCACUCGGCCGCCAUCAUCGAAGCUCCUACCCCAGAUAGCGCAUGUCCCCAGGACAACGUGUAUCAUUCCGGAGGCCAAGCGAACGGUACCCAGUUUGACAUCCAUUGCGGGAAACUAAACCAAGGCCUGAACAUCACUAGCUUGCAAGCGCAGAACAUCACAUAUUGCAUGGACGCAUGCGCAGCUAACAAGGAUGGUUGUACAGCAGUACUAUACUCCUCCAGCCUCGACGACGGUUACCAAAACUGCCACCUACAAAAGACGAUCAACGAAGUCAUCGACUCAGCAAACGCCACCUAUGCCACCAUAGCCUCUUCAGACAGCGACAACACCUCCUCCGGCUCUUCACCAAGCAAAGCAUGGAUCGCGGGCCCAGUCAUCGGUGGCAUCGCCGCUCUCGCCGCCAUUGGCUUUGUGAUAUUCUGGUGGCAGAGAAGGAAAGCCAGGAAGGCCUCCGCAGUGCAUAAGUACGCACAGCCCGCUGGAGGCGCCGCUUACGAUCCGACGCCUGCGUAUAGUCCGAGAACCAGCCGGUCUGAGGUGCACGCUUUGAGCAUGAGCGAGUUGCCGGCAAAUGUCAAGUAUGGACAUAAUCAAGGGCCCAAGAGCGAGGCGCAGGAGCUGCCGAGUUGA